CACCUCAUGAGUGCUGUGGGGACAAAGCAAUACUUAAUGUAUAGCUGUACACCUAUUUCUUCUGAAUAAGCACCUAUACUCAACUCUCAGAGGAUUUGUAGGGCUACCUCUUAGGAUGGCAAACAGAGCUCUGCCCCUUAUAACAAAGGAUAUCUAUGCUAAUGAGAGAAAAAAGAGGAACUCUCUGCCUGAAAGUAUGUCUGAAUCUUCUUCCCAUGAUUCCUUCUAUGAUACUCUGUCAGAUUUCCGUGGUGACUCCAUUGAUGGAAAUUUCUCAGAACUUUCUGCCUUCCUUAGUCAAGAGGAAAUGAACAAGAGUCUUGACAUUGCAAGGGAAGCAUUUUCAAGUCCUUUGUCGGAGGAUCAAAGCCAGAGUCAUGUUUUGAAAUCUUCUCAUAAUAACCCACCUGACAGAUCUUACAAGGAGUUAAAAUUAAGCAACACAACAUCAGAAAACUCCAGAAAAAGAGAAAAUGGUAUGAAUAAGUUGGGUAGAGCUGGUGGUUCCAAUAAACCUGGAGGUUCAAAUAUGAGAGGAAUGAUUUCACCAUUUCUGACCGCCAGCCCGAGUAUAAUUCGAACCUUGCAGGCCCAAAAAGCUUCUAAACUUCAAGGAAAAAGUGGCUCGUCCACACUUCCAAUUCCAAAAUCCAGAAACAAAUCAUUUAACAAGGAUGUAAACUCUCAGAGUGACAUAGCUCACAAGGCAGCUACUUUUAUCGAGGAACUCUCUGCAAUAUUUCGAGAGACAAACAAGGCAAGAGAUAGGCGCCCUAAUGGAGAUUCCUCUUCUCCAGAUAGUGGUUAUUUGUCACCAAAAAAAGAGAAUACUAUUGUCAUAAACCCCACAAUUAAUGAAAUUGAAAUUGAACCACAGCAAGAGGUAAACACCAUGGAAAUGAUGAGUACAAAAGAGGAAACACUAGGGAAAACUGAGAAUGAAAGCAAGCUGCCUGAAGAAGAGACAGCGCAAAGUCAGACUAAUAAAUCUCACACUCCUCCUUCAGCUGCUCGAUUUAUUCAGAAGCUCAAAAGUCAGGAGGUGGAUGAGGGGAGUCGAGUAAGGCUGGAAUGCAGAGUGACAGGAAACCCCUUUCCCGAAGUGAGGUGGUUCUGCGAAGGAAGAGAACUGCAUAACUCACCUGACAUUAACAUCUCCUCAGAGAGCGACGGUCUUCAAGUGCUUGUCAUUGCUGAGGCCUUCGAGGACGACACCGGGCGCUAUACUUGUACGGCAUCCAAUUGGCUCGGCUCUGACACAUCUUCAGCUGAAGUGUUUGUAGAAGGUGCCAGUUCCUCUGACUCUGACAGCGAGGACUUUACCUCCAAACCAAAUCCUGGAACAAUGCCUCAAGCUCAAAAGAAAACAACAUCAGUUUCACUAACCAUAGGACCAUCAUCACCAAAAUGUGGAAUAACCACUGCAAUAAUGCAGCCAAUUUCUAUUCCUGUCCGUCAGGUCCAAAGCCCUAUAUCUUAUUUGUGUCGUCAAGAUGGGUCCAGUUCUAGCUUCUCUUCUCCUUCUUUCACCAAGGAACUUCAGAGCCUGUCGGCAUCGGAAGGGCAGGUUGUCGUGCUGGAAUGCAGGGUAAAGGGCACACCGCCAGUCAAUGUCAAAUGGUUUAGACAAGGAGCUGAAAUUCAAGAUUCUCCCGACUUUAGAAUUCUCCAGAAAAAACCACGCUGUGCUUCUGAACCUGAGGAGAUCUGCACGCUGGUGAUUGCUGAGACCUUCCCAGAAGAUGCAGGAACCUUCACUUGCACAGCAAGAAAUGACUAUGGAUCAGUGACCUGUAGUGCGCAGGUCACCGUGCUUUCUGCAAAUAAUGAGCGGACCAGAAGCGAUGUGUCAAGUGGAGAGAUUAGUGGUUAUGAUUUCCAGAAGCAUUUGUCUCCUUCUCCUAUAGCAGCUAAAAGUAGUGGCCUUGAAAUGCCAUCAAAGAAAACUCUGGAGUGUUUUCAGCCCAGCAAUCUGGCGUCAAAACCAACCCUAGAAAGAAGUAAUCUGCAACUAAAUACUUUGGAGCGGAAAACCAAUGGUGUACACAGUAAUAAUAGUUUCAAUGGAGUUAACAGCAAUCAAGAUAGCAACUAUUCCACUCCCACCUCACCUAGCACAUUGGCUUCACCUACCAAAGAGCCUCCACCAGUGCCUUUCAAGCCCAAACUGGAUUCUCAGACACUGCUGCAACUACAAAAUCAGAUACGUCACGAGAAAGAAUCUGCUGCUUGGAAGCAACAAGCCAGUCAUCAGCAAAGCACACCACCCUCACCAUCCUUCCCUCCUCCACCUUCCUUCCAGGAACUGGAGGCCAGUCAGCUUAUCACCCCACCAGUGCAAAUGAGUGUUCUCAACUCCCACAGUUCUCCUGCCAUGCAGUCAACAAGCUCCUUUAACUAUGCUCGGCCUAAACAAUUUAUUGCUGCCCAGAACAUGAGCAAUGCACCAGGCUGCAUUACACCAUCAUCGGGUUCCUCUACCUCCAGCAUCCCAUCCCCAAUAUCACCCUCAACGCCUCAAAAUCAGUUUACCAGGGUUCCUGUGCAACCUUUCUCCCAGCCGUUCUCUCCUGAAGGUGAACAGUUUUGGUCACCAACCUCCUCAUCUCCCCCUCCUCCUCCACCUCCUGUGAUGAGUCCAACUGCAAACUAUUCUUUCCAGGAUCCAUUUCCUCUUCCUCCACCUCCUCCACCACUUCCUGGAUCUGGACCUUCUCAUUCAUACAGUCCAUCUCAGUCUCCAACAACCAGAGGCUCUAGCUCCAGCCACAGCCCUGCGGCCUUCCUCAGUUCCAUGUUACCAUCGCAGCCAUCACCAGUCUCUUUCAACGAACUUGGACUACCAAAAGGUGUUAUGCCUCCUGGCUUCCCAAGGAAGACAGGCCGGACUGCCCGCAUAGCCUCUGAUGAAGAGAUCCAGGGAACAAAAGAUGCAGUGAUACAGGAUCUCGAGAGGAAGCUGCGUUUCAAAGAUGAGCUCCUGAACAACGGUCAACCGAAAUUGACGUAUGAAGAGAAAAUGGCUCGGCGGUUGCUGGGAGCUGACAAUGCUGCAACAGUGUUUAAUUUGCAAGAACCAGAAGAUGAUAUAAAUACACAGGAAGUUGACUCUGUUGAUGCUUCUGCAGAGAAUCCUCUUGAAAUGCAGAAGGAGUACAAAGUGUCCAGCUUUGAGCAGAGGCUUAUCGGUGAAAUUGAGUAUCGCCUGGAACGUUCUCCUGUGGAAGAAUCAGAUGAUGAAGUUGAACAUGGGGAUGAAUCCGAUGGCACCCCUCCUCAAUUUGAAACAAAAUUGCGCCACUUCAAGAUCUUUGAAGGAAUGCCAGCAACUUUUACAUGCAUGGUGACUGGCAAUCCGAAGCCAAAGAUAUAUUGGUUCAAAGAUGGGAAACAAAUCUCCAAAAGAAGCGAACACUACAGAAUCCAGAGGGAACCUGACGGGACCUGUUCCCUUCACACCUCCGCUUCUUCCUUGGAUGAUGAUGGGAACUAUACUAUCAUGGCUGCCAACCCACAGGGCAGAGUUAGUUGUACCGGUAGACUGAUGGUGCAGGCAGUGAACCAGAGGGGAAGGAGUACCCGCACACCUCCAGCCCAGCCUCACAUUCGAAGACCACGAUCUCGGUCAAGAGAUAGUGGCGAUGAGAAUGAACCCAUCCAGGAAAGAUUUUUCCGUCCACAUUUCUUGCAAGCUCCUGGUGAUCUCAUAGUUCAAGAAGGGAAGCUUUGUAGAAUGGAUUGCAAGGUGAGUGGAUUACCAACCCCUGACCUGAGCUGGCAGCUAAAUGGCAGACCUGUCCGUCCAGACAACAAUCACAAGAUGCUGGUGCGUGAGAAUGGAGUGCACUCUCUGAUCAUUGAGCCAGUGACCAGCAGAGACGCUGGGAUAUACACCUGUGUGGCCUCAAACCGAGCUGGACAGAACUCAUUCAGCCUGGAACUUAUUGUGGCUGCGAGAGAUGCCCACAAGCCACCUGUGUUCCUAGAAAAGCUUCAGAAUACAGGAGUGGCAGAAGGAUAUCCAGUGAGGCUGGAAUGCCGUGUCUCAGGAAGUCCCCCACCUCAGAUAUUUUGGAAGAAAGAAAAUGAUUCGCUGACAUACAACACUGACAGAGUCAGCAUGCAUCAAGAUAACUAUGGUUACCUUUGCCUACUGAUCCAAGGUACCAUCAAAGAGGAUGCUGGCUGGUAUACUGUCUCAGCAAAGAAUGAGGCUGGCAUUGUGUCUUGUACUGCAAGGCUUGACAUACAUGCUCAGUGGCAGCAGUCACAUACUCCCAAGACAAGGAAAGUACGGCCUUCCACCAGUCGAUACGCAGCACUUUCUGACCAAGGCCUGGAUAUUAAAGCAGCAUUCAUGCCAGAGGCAAACCCAGUGCACAUUCAGCCAGCGCUGGUAGAAAGUGAUGACCUGUAGAGAGGACCCUAGGGGAAUUCGCUAAAGCAGCCAUUGGAGGACGUCACCAUGAGCCACAGCUGUCACCCGGCAGUAGUGUCACAUCAUAUAACAUGCAAGACACGUCUUCAGCUAACCUGAUAGAGACAAGAUAAACUACGCAAUAACUGUGUAAGCAGUCUAGAACAUAGGAUAGCAGGGAUUUAUCUUGUGUUUAUGGCACAUACAUAUCACUCACUCUUCUGCUCUAUGAAAGGAUCUCUUGUGUAUUCUGCUUGUUUUGUGCCUUCAGACACUAAGACGACAAGAUUUCUUCAACUCACUAAUGCCUUCAAAGCAGUAUAGGAUGAUGUGCAAUCUUUAAUUGUCUGAGUGCAUUAAACACAGUGUAUGAUUUUUUUUAAAAAUAUAUUUAAAGAAAAAUGCUGUCAAAGUGAAUUGCUAUAACGCUUCAGGAGUUUAGAAUCAAAAUGGCUUGCUUCAUUGUGUGUCACAGCUGAUACGUAACACACAUCUGUAUGACUGUUACCCAACAUUGGAAAUCACUUAACAGGAAUCGCCAAAACAACAUGCAAUGAUUUCAGAAGCUGUCUAUGAACUUGAGCUCUUAAUGAAGAGAGCGGAAGAUAAUGUCACAUACACCCUUUCUGUGCUUGUUUGUGUGUACACCUUGUUGUUUUCCGUGUGUAUCGACACUACACAAUUAUGUGACAUUUAGAUGGCUAAGGACAGCUGGUAGAAAGCAAAAUUCUUGCUAUUAUUUAUGCAACAAUACCCAUUAUGCUUUGUGCACUUUUCCUAUAUUUAGUAUUCAUGAACCGACUGCAGGAGUCCUACUAGAGUCCAAGCAGAAGAGUAUAUUGAACUGACCUCUAGGGCUCUUCUUGGGUGGCCUGUUCCAUUGUCACACAUAAAAUAUGAGGUACGCAGACAUAAAGCCAAAGUUAUCUCGAACAAUGAAUUGUAGGGUUUUGCUGAACCGUAAUGAGUGAUCUUCUAUUCACAAGAAUGUGUGUUUCAGGAAAGAACUACAAAAUUGUUCAGAUUCAGUGUAAGAAAGGGAAACUUAUGAAUGGGAGUUAGAUGAUUAGUGCAAGUGAAAAAGACAGUUUGAGUGGUUUAAAUUUUGUGAAUGUUCUGUUACAAUACUGGAAGCCUGGAAUGUCCUUCUCAUCGUAGGAGCUGGAGGGCAAAGUCUAGAUAUGUUUGCCAACACAUACAGUGUAGCAGAAGGAUCAGUGGACUGGAAACACAUUAUGUAGUAGACAACAAGAUGGUUAUACAUUAUGUUUCUGAAUUUCAGAAGGUUACCUAUAGUGUAGAACACAUGAUUUAUGUGAGUGGUUGUCUAGUAUAUAGGAAGAACGCAGACAUUAGCAUAAACUUGUCUGCUAGAUAUUAGGCUUUCAAUAAUGAUGCUUUCAUUGGUAGGAUGAGGAAUGAGACAAGCAUGCUUGACAUGGGCUCAUAGCCUAGGCAUGUUAGGGCCUGCUACCUCUACUACAUUCUAUUGCUGUGCUAUUGAUGACAUUGUCCUGAAGAUUUACUUCAGUAUGGAUAUCAAUGAGAUUAUUGAUUUUUGUUUAACCACUCACCAUACAGAGGUAGAACCAAAAUGUUGCAUUUUUACUGUACAGUUGAAGUCACUACUUUACACAGCUAUUUAUUACCCAUCAUAUUCACCAAACCUUACAGUAAUAAAAAAAAUACACAAAAGACCAUAGUGGGAAGGUUUACAUUUGUUUACAUUCAGAACUGUGGGUUAGCUACCUCUCAGUAUUGAUUCAUACACUGCCAGUAAAAUGUCCAGUAUUCUCUUGUCUACUGCAAGUGAUGAACUGCCCUUAGAAAAGACAUGUCCCCAAAUCAUUAUACUGAUUACAGGGUGUUUGUCUAAUUUAGGAUUGUUAAGAUUGUUCAGAAACUCUUGUUGCUUGCAUGCCUCAAUGGAAAAUAGUGGUUAGAAGUCCCUAAAAAGAAGAAUCCACCAUUGAUGUACAGUAAAAUGCAUAUCAAGGAGACUCUGCAAGACCCACAUAUUUAAGGCAUUGUUAUAAUGAUUCCCAAGCAUUACUUGUGCAGGGGGACAUUAAUGAAAAGGGAAAAGUGGAUGUGUUUCUAUGGAAACCAGAUCCCAACUAGCAUUUUUCAAAAAUGCAAAGAUGAAUCUGACUGGUUCAUGUGGGCAAAAACCCCACCUAUAUUGUAACCUCCUAUAGCAUUGGUUAAAAAGGUUUGUUAGAGAGUUGCAAAGGUUCCUGCUGCAACAAGAAACCAUAACAAUCCAAAACAGGUUGAUUCAAUUAAUGGUUACAAAAGUACUUUGUCAAUGGGGGUAAAGCAAAACACUGUAUACCCUUUAUGAAGCACAUAUAUCAUUAUUUAUCUGUUUUAUUGCAGCUAUACUGCAUUUGUAUUUUACACAUAUAUAAACUCACCAUACGUAUUACUGUAGGGUCAUUAGCCUUUUUGUAUACAGUUCUUUAUUAUUAUUUUUUACAGCACAGAUCAGUGACCAGUGCUAAAGUUAAAUGAUACAAAAUAUGUGCUUAAUCAGUCUACACCAUAGAUAUACAUGUAUGCCAGUGCCUUCCAGGCUAUGUUGUCAUUGUAUUGCUUAUUAGCAUUAAAUUUGGUUAAUACUUAAGUAUCAAAGGGAGGGGACGUGUCACAUUGUACUCAUGUAUGGGCCACACAUUAUGAUGCUACAUUGUGCUGGAAAAUCUGCAUAGACUCUGUCUGGUAUUAGAUGAAAUAACAUAAUAUAGUCACAUGGACUACAUUGCUUUCCCUAACCUUCUUCUACUAAAAUGUUAUUGUUUACUAUAUGCCACCACUUCUUUUGGUGUUAUUUAGGAAAUGAUUCAGUUCACCUGUGUUAUUCUGCCACCACAUUGUAUCUGUAUUUAUAGAAAGUGCCUUUGUGUGUAUGGGUCAUGUCAUUAGAUGAGACCAGUUGAAGUUUCACAGCGUCUGUUCCAUAACAAGACAAACUUAGUUUUCUGGGGUAAGGUUUUUAUGAUAAUUGCUAUGCAAGGAUUUAAAUAAAGUAUUGUUUCUUCAAAA